AAUUUUGAAUUUUGAUCCGAUAUUAGCUUUUCCGUUGUCUAAUAAACGAAUUUCCAAAUUCUCCCUUUCCUUUAUCUGAUCCGAACUCAAAGAAAUGAUGAGCCAGCCCCCGACCGAUCAUGAGAAAAUCCCGGAAACCAAGCAGUCAACAUCACCCUCGGAGUCAAUCCAACCGCGGACCGUCUCUUCUGACUACGCUCCCUACCCGAAAUUAGACCCGAAUGACGUCGCUCCUCCACCGGAAAAUUGGUCCAGCGUUUCUAUGGGUACCCAAUCAGAUCCAAAUCGACACCCGGCACCGAUCUCUACCAGCGGUGCCACCACCAUGCCUGCCGAGUCCAAUCCUUACGUUUCUCCAUCACCAGUUCAAUCAUCUUCCGUCAAGAAUAAGAUGGAAUCAGUGAGAGACGUGUUGGGGAAAUGGGGAAAGAAAGCGGCGGACGAUACCAAGAAGGCGAAAGAGAUAGCUGAGAACAUGUGGCAACACUUGAAAACUGGGCCGAGUCUUGCUGACGCUGCUGUAGGAAAAAUUGCUCAGACAACCAAAGUUAUUGCAGAUGGUGGUUAUGAGAAGAUCUUUGGGACAACAUUUGAGACUGUUCCCGAAGAAAAGCUUCUGAAGACAUAUGCCUGCUACUUGUCCACCUCGGCUGGUCCUGUUAUUGGAGUUUUAUAUCUGUCGACUGAAAAGCUUGCUUUUUGUAGCGACAACCCAUUGUCUUAUCAAGUUGGUGACCAGACUCAAUAUAGCUAUUAUAAGGUGGUUAUUCCAUUACAUCAGCUGAGGGCAGUGAAUCCAUCAGCUAGCAAAACCAACCCGGCUGAGAAAUACAUACAGAUUAUAUCAGUUGAUAACCAUGAAUUCUGGUUCAUGGGGUUUGUAUACUAUGACAGUGCUGUUAAGAAUCUUCAAGGUGCAUUGCAGCCUCGUAGCUCUUGAUGUGAUGUUAUCAAAAAGGUGAUUUGGUUUACUAAGUUGAUGUACAUAACAUAUAUCGAGUCAGGUUUGUAAUAAUUAAGAUAUAGCAUAUGUUUUGUAUUGCAUUUAUUUCGAAUGUCACUGUGAUAUGAUUCCUUUGGUUCUUAAACCAUCAGUUGGUGAAUAUGUUCGAGUUUCAGUAAAGAUAUCAGCUUGUU